AGACGUAGAGUAGAGAGGUGUCAAGUCAGACUUCUUGACCAGUCACGGAGGCGACAGACGGGCAGCAACCCGACGAGUAAAUUCGAAAAUACGCGGUCACGUGGAAUCGAUCGGACACGCGUUUUCAGCCUCGCGGCGACAUUUGAUCACCGUCUUGAUACCCUCCAAUGACUUCUUUGAUAUUUUCAGGAUGGCUCAUUCUUUUAAUGGUCGCCUUUUCUGUCACCAUCAGUGAUGUGGAUGAUGGAAAACGAAAGGUUCUCGUGCCUACGGAGUCCGACUUUAUACCAAGGCACUCUUCAAAGAAGAGACGUCGGCUGACAACAUCUACCGCAGCUAUUAUGUCCCGAAGGCUUCCGCAAGAGUUAAUUGACGAGAUAGUAGACUAUCUUCAAUAUGACAAACGCUCACUCAAGUCUUGUGCACUCGCCGGUAGGAUAUUCCUACCUCGCUGCCGCAAGCAUCUUUUUCGUUCCCUCCUGGUGAGGAAAUAUGGCCCUGAUCCGUACAAGUUACGGUUUUACACUCACGUUUCGAGCAACAUACGUGAGCUCACUAUCCAAGGAAACCUCUGUUCCGAAGUGGCAUAUUGCUCUCGAUUCAUUGAUUACGGUCUGAUCGAGUCAUUGCACCUCGAAGGCAGCAAGUAUGACUGGACGGACAUUCAAUGGACGAUCUCUCCAGGUCAACUACCACACUUCGCGGCGCUCAGAGAUCUCAGCCUCUAUCGAGUCUAUUUCCCUUCGUUUGCAGACAUGAAGUCUACUCUUUCGUCGCUCAGGAAACUCAAUACUCUUUCCAUGGAUUUUGAAGACUGGAGAUAUUCCGUCAUUACAACAACCAACAUAGAUGCCUGCAUCUUUCCCUUAUCCGUUCAUAAGCUUCAUAUGCGUCUGAACAUGGUCACACUACCAGGUCUCGUGCCGCAAAUCUUAUUACACUCUGCGGGUGACUCACUUCGUCAUCUAUCCCUGGAUAUCAUGUCGACAGCGAAACCUGCUCUGGAGAUAAUGAACCAUUUGGACUGCUCUCGCAACACUUCCCUCGAAUUCCUCACAUUUCAUUUUACAUGGCAUAUCCAACGCCCACCAUGGAUCACCUGGCGGGACGACCAACCCCUCAUGAGCAUCCUCCUCUCCCGUAUUCAUUCCUCCCAAUUGCAUUCGAUAACCUUCCACAUCAACUUCAUGCACACGGAAGUCCUGAAUCCACGCUGGUUGCGUGUUCUGGACCUCAGUUUCCUGGACCGGCUCGCAGAACCCGGGAAGUGCUAUCCGGGUGCUCUUUCGCGAGAGCAGUUGAAAAGAGCCGAGACUGCGACGAAGAAUUUGAGGAAUGUCAAGCUGGUGCUUGACUUCCCGAGAGCACUGGGUUCGCAUACGUUUGCGCUCGUUUGCAAGAUACUGCAAGCACAGUUACCUACGCUAGCUUCCAAAGGACUUCUGAACAUUACGGAGGCGGCGACAGCAGCGUCAUAGACGAUUCAUAAAAUAUCCUCCAAGUUGACAAUGACCACAAUGCAUUGGGUUGUAACAUUAUGUCCCACACAUUUGUAACUGUAUUCGCUGUCAUUCUCGUUAUGCAUUAUUACAGCAUUCAAAAAAUCAUUCAGCUAAAAAUUCUUGUCCCUCAUACCCCAAUUUCCUUCACGAUGCGCUCCGUAGUCUCCCACAGUUCCUUUGCCAAAUUCGCAUUUGUUGCCUGCUGAGAGGGAGGCUUCCCGAUCCUUGCUUUCGGUGUCAAGUACGCCGCUUUGUACUUCUCAGGCUCGGCUCUGACUACGGGCGCCCCGGCGGCAAAGACGGAGGCGUACGAUCCUCUAUCAGGGGGAAUGAAGAAAAACCUACCGAAGGUUCC